AUGCGUCAGUCAUCUUUGCCUGAAGAGGAUGCGUUUCUUUGUUUGUUAAAACAAAUAGAAAGAGAAGGCUACACACCAAAUAUAGGAGAGCGCGCCGUUAUAUGCCGUACUAUUAAUGGUGUAUUCAACCCCCUCGGGGUUUAUUUCGCAUUGAUCGGUGCUUCGUGCGGCUACUUCGGACUUGGAAUGGCGGUACGGGCUUCCCAGAGAUUAGCAAGCUCCGUUGUUGGGUUUCUUUACAUGGCUGAGUUAUCGUGGUCCUUUCAGGAAAGGCGGCCCUGUGCAGGUUUUCUUAACGACGUUCGCUCUUUAGAUGGCCAGCUGAGGGAGAAGACGGGUUCGCAACAUUUGUUGGGAGAAUUCUCCUUAAUGGAUCGUUCAUUAAUUGGUGAAAUUUUUGACUUUGUUACACUUGACAAAACAAUCAGGUGGUUGCUGUGCCUAACUUCUAGUUGUGCAAGUGGUCCGCACUGGUUGCCGUUCGUGAAAAUAAAGUGGUUUGAUGGACUGCCGUUGGACCCGUUGACGAUAUGGUACUGGAGGUUCGUGCUCUCCUUUUACAGGUGA